AAUGAGGGGCGGAACAGAUGUUCACAAGUAUUCAAAAGUUUUUCAAUCUUCUACUUGUAAAGGUAGCGAAGUUUUUCUCGAUUUUAUGAAUGCUUUAAACAAGAGAAUAAGUGACGACACGGGAUAUCAAUUACCUCCGUUUGACGUUCAUUUUCCAUUAAUUAAUACAAGUUUUAGAUUAGCUCAAAAGAAUCUAACAAUUUACGAAUUCUCCAAGAACGAUACACUUUGCCCAGAGUUAACGUUUCGAUAUGAUUUCAUCAAGAUAUCGGCGUCAAAAGACCUCGAAGAAAUAACAAGUAAUUUCUCACGAGAUAUGAUUAAUGGGCUAGAGAAAUUUUUAUCCGUAAUAAACUUUACAUCUCAAAUCUUUACGUUUUCAAUACUCUUAAUUAUCGUCUUUGCAAGCUUUAGAUUAUAUCGUUACUAUACAGAUUUAGAGUAUAAUAAUGUCUAUUUAUCCAAUGAAUUCUUUAAUUUGGAUAAGGAGAGAAAAAGUAAAAAUCUACCAUCUAUCCUACCUCUUCAGCCCGAAGAGAAAUCCAUAUAUGCAUCAAAUCCUAUUAAACCUACAGUAAAGAAUAUACCUUCCUUAAUAAUCGGUAUUAUUAUUCUUCUAAGUAUACUAAUACUAGCUAUCAUCCUCUUUCUCUCCGAUUUCUUUAUGGCUAAAGUUAUAACGAUAAUCAAUAAAGAAGCGGUAACCGAUAUUACAGUAACUGGUUCUAUUUUAAUACAAAAGGACGAAGAAUUUGAGGUGAUGCCAAAGAGUUUACAAGAACUAUACAAGGAAAUCUUUCCUAUACCUUGUACGAACCCUUAUAAGUAUCAUACAAAUUUGAACUAUAAAGGCGGAACUUGCCUUCCUCUACCGUCAGAGCCAGUUGUAAACAAUUCAAUACAUUUGAGAACAAUUAUUAUACUUUAUUUGUUGCUCGUGUUAAUAACGUUCUUUCAUACAUAUGCUGAGAGAAUAGAACAGUUUACAUUUGUUGCUUUCUAUAAAGAUAAACACAAACUAAGAGUUGAAGCUUUAUACGAUAACAUGCUUGUAAAUCGUUACUUAACACAAAAAAUCGAACGAAUAAAGAGAUAA